CGUAAACACUAUGGUCGAUCUGUCCAAACAAGUAAUAAAAAGAGAAAAAAAAAAAAGACAGGAAAUCUCCCCAAUUUCCAAAAUUCCACCGGCAAUAGGGUUCCGAUUUGAACAAUUUCAACAAGGGAUCGAACCUUUUCUUACAGUGUUGAUCAUGUGUAGAUUGGUUGCUAGUGAAGACACGUCAACUGGUGAAUUAGAGCAUCAUCAAAGCACUGUAAAUGGAACUCGCCGCAUGCACCCACAAAUUCAAGCACAAAUUGCACGUUUGGAAGCAAGGAUAAGUAGGGUUGAAGCUCGGAUGGAAAGGCUUGAAUGGUAUCAUGUUGUAAUGUUUGACAAACAAAAAUGA